AUGGUCUUCUCAAGAUCUCGCGAGCGGACUAAGAGCGUUGGGCUUGCCGACUUCGCCGACUCUAAAACCGUGGAUGACGACGAUGCCAAAGUCGAAGCGCCCAUCGAUCUUCAGGAAGCACCACCAUCAGCAGAAGCAGCAGAAGCAUCAUCAUCAUCAUCCCCGGGGCCCUCUGCCGGGGUUCGGGCGACACAAACGCCGGUGAUUGAACCCGCCACCGAGUCAGAUGACGAAUUCGAUCUGGACAGCGGUUUACAGGGAGACGACACGACAGCAAGUCUAGCCUCGAGUAUCUACACCUCCUUUGCGUACGAGCGUGGGCGACGGUACCAAACAUUUGGAGAUGGCCGGUAUCCCAUUCCCAACGAUGACUUGGAGCAAAACAGGGAGGAUAUGAAGCAUGCCAUGUUGAUGAUGCUCACCGAGGGGAAGCCGUUUUUCUCACCGAUAGGGACGCACCCACAGAAGAUACUAGACAUAGGCACAGGAACUGUUUCGCACUUAGUCGGUGAUAGGUAUCCGAGCGCACAUGUCUGUGGCAUCGACCUCACGCCGAUUCAACCCGAAUGGGUUCCGGCCAAUGUUUCCUUUCUAGUCGACGACUGCACCUUGGACUGGAUAGAGAGAGAUGUUGACCUGGCCCAUUUCCGGUUCAUGGUCAUGAUACUAAAGGACAUUUCUACCGUCCUCGGCCAUGCCUACGAGAGUCUCCGCCCCGGCGGGUGGGUUGAGCUACAAGAGCUACAUGGCGUACCACUCUGCGACGACGGGACAAUGUCAGACGAGGAUCCCGUAAAAUCUCUCUACGAUACCGCGGGUGCCGCGUACAAGAAAUUCGGCAUGAGCACAACACUACCCGCACAGCUCGAGCCCUACCUCCGCGAAGCUGGAUUUGAAAACGUACACUGCAGAGUAAUGAAGGUUCCCAUCGGAACAUGGGCAAAGGGGAAAAUCAUGAGGGCAAUAGGGCUUUAUCAGAAAAUGGCGAUACUCGACUUUAUCCCAACACUAGCAGGCCGACCGUUCCAGGCUCUGCAAAUAUCAGAGGCAGAUGCAGAGAUUCGAGUGGCCUUGGCGAGAAAAGGCUUGGAAGACACGUCGACUCAUCGGUAUUUCAACUACUACUUUUGGUACGCGCAAAAACCAGGGUCGUCGAGGAGAGAGGAACAUGAUGCAUAG